CACAGCUCCAAUAGAUUGAGCAGGUCAGAACCAGAUCGCAGGGCAAGUGAAGCAAACGUUAAAAUUACAAGAAAUAUGCAAGGAUUCCAAGUGCUUUGCCUGCUGUUGGCUGCUGUGAGCCUGGCCAGCUGUCGUUCGGUGGUGCGUCGUGAUGUGAGCCACCUGCCGCUGGAGUACCUUCCUCCAGUGGUGCUGCCACCUGUGCCCAGUCGCGAUUAUCUGCCGCCAGUAGAGCAGCAUGCGGCCACCUUGAACCAUGUGCUCCAGCCGCCCCGCGACUACCUGCCUCCCCUGCCACUAAACAACAAGUACUUGCCACCUGUGGUUGAGCAGGUGGAGCAGGAGCAGGAACCCGAGGUGCCCACCACAACCGAGGUAGUAAUUUCAGAAGAAACCACCACAGUGGAGCCAACCACCGAGGCAGUUAUCGUCACCACCGAACCGCAGCAGGAAGUUGAGAUAAUCACGGAACCGCAGGAGGAGUUGGAAGUGAAGACCCUGGAGAAGGUGGAGGAGGUGCCCAAGGAGGAGCCGGAGGUAGAGUCCGCAGUGCUCCUGGACGAUGGAUACCACUAUCGCACUCCCUCUGUGGUUCCCGACUUGCUGCCCGUGAAGGAGUACCUGCCUCCCCUGGACGACAAUGCCGUCGUGGAGGAGCUGCCCAAUGGCGAGGAGGACUCCUCCGCCCUCCUGGAUGAUGGCUAUCACUAUCGCUCCGUGAAGCGACUCCGCUUCUAGUCCUCAAAAGCCACUCGCUUUAUUUUAUUCCACUACGAAUUUCUGUUUCUGUUCUGUGCGACACUUGUUGUUUAAUUUUACAAAAUAAAUAUACAAAUACUUUGCCCA